AAAAUAUAUAAAAAUAUUACAGCAAUAUUUUACCUGGUUUUUCAUGUUCUGAACUGGCCUCCACCCAUCAAAAUCUCACUCAAAUCAAUUUUUUCUCCACUUUCGAGUUUCAACUCACACUAUAUAUUCCUACACUAAUUUCUUCUUGGAUCAUACAAUUCACACAUACAUUAAAGAAAAACUAAAACUCAAAAAAUGGCUGCAUUUCGUUUUGUUGUUUGGUUAGUAAGUAUUUGUCUACUUUUGGCUUCUUUUGCAACUGCCUGUGAUCGCUGCCUGCACCAAUCAAAAGCGGCCUACUUUUCCUCUCAUCAACCUCUUAAUUCUGGAGCUUGUGGCUAUGGUUCUCUGGCUACAGGAUUCAACGGUGGCCGUAUUGCGGCUGCCGCGCCAUCAAUUUACAAAAAUGGAGCUGGCUGCGGUGCUUGUUUUCUGAUAAGAUGCAAGCAUGGAAAGAUCUGCAAAGAAAAAGGGACUCCGAUAAUAGUGACAGAUCGAAAUACGGAUAAUAGAACAGACUUUGUGUUGAGCAAUAGAGCUUUCUUGGCUAUGGCCAACAAGGGUUAUGGCAAUGACCUUUUGAAACUUGGUCUUGCUGAUGUUGAAUACAAGAGAAUACCAUGUGACUACAAGAAACAGAACUUGUCCAUUCGUGUGGAGGAAUCAAGUCAAAAACUAGAGUAUUUGGCUAUUAAAUUCUUACAUCAAGGCGGCCAAACGGAGAUCGUUACAGCUGAUGUGGCCUCGGUUGGAUCAUCAAGUUGGACCUACUUGACGAGACUUUACGGGGCUGUUUGGAACACGAGUCGUGUCCCCGCUGGGGCUUUGCAGAUCCGAUUUGUGGUGACAGCUGGGUACGAUGGGAAAUGGUAUUGGGCCAAGCAGGCCCUCCCUAAGGACUGGAAAAAUGGUGCCACUUAUGAUUUGGGCCUCCAAAUAACAGAUAUUGCCCAAGAAGGAUGUUCUCCCUGCGACAAUUCAACCUGGAAACUGUCAACACAUAAGCCUCUGAUUUAAUUGAAUAGUAUUUAACAAUUAUAUAUAUGAAAAAUAGAACUAUAUAAUUAAUAUAUAUAGAUGAAGAAAGAAAAUAAGAAAAAAAAUUUGCUCACUAGUACUUGUUAUAUAUAUCACCUACAACUAAUCGUAUUAAUUUUGUUGCGUGUGAAUGACUAUUUUACUCUCCAUGUUAUUGUAUUAUUACGAGUUGCGUCAUCAUAAAUAGGAGUUUUAAUUAUAAUAUAAGUUAUAUUAACUCAUUAAGAGAAUACAAUCCAUCUAUUCUCUCUUUUCCUCUGCAUGAGUUUAACAUCAAUAUUAUAUCGACAUUAUUUCCACCAACUACGUGAGUUGGCAAAUGAUUUUAAACAAUUAUAUAUAUAUAUAUAGGGAGUGGUUCAA